AAUGAGGGUAGAACAAAAAUAUUCCCUCAGUCGCUGGCACGUUUUGACCUCUUAAUUUUAUCUAGAUGUAUAGAAUUAAAGACUGGUCUUAGUGUAUUCUUAAAAAUAAUUAAAUACAUGUUCGAUAUUACUUAAAAUGCGAAUAACUUCACGUGUUCUGUCGUCGGCCGCCGCGAUAGCAAUAACAUGUGUUGUAUCAGCUGCUGCAUAUUUUUACAAAAGCCGUAAAGCAGAGGUUAAUGAAGUUAUGGUAUUUUGUAAACUACAGUUUAAUGCAUACAAUUACUUUGAUAAACUGAUAAGCUUCAUUGAAUCUGCAAAGAAAAGUGUAAACGUCUGCAUGCCCGGUAUCCACAACCCAGUCAUUCAGGGGCGCCUGGUUACACUGCUUAAGGAGAAAAACAUCAAAGUUCGAAUGAUUAUAGACCGCACAGGAUAUAACGAAUCAACAGAUUUUUUUAUCCGAGAGCUUAUCGAAUGUGGUGCUGAAGUAAGAUGUAAUGCUACUGACCCAGCAUAUACAAUGCAACACAAAUUUUGCUUAGUUGAUGAUAGAAUUCUUAUGACAGGAACUCUGAAUUGGGGUAACGACCGUUCCUUUGACAAUUGGAACUAUGUGUACAUAACAACUAAAUCACAACUUGUAGUACCUGUCAAAAAAGAAUUUUAUCAAAUGUGGGAAAGAACUAGUGAUAUUGAAAAUCUUUACGAAACAGAAACAAGCGAUAAUGAAAUUGCAAUGCCAGAAUCUGGCGAUUCUGAAAUUGUACUGCCAGAAUCCGGCAAUCAUGAUAUUGAAAUGCCAGUAUACGGUAAUAGUGUUAUUGAAAUACCAGCUUAUACCCAAGCUGAUAGUAACAUAGAUAGCCAAAGUAUACCCCAGAUUGUUCUGGAUACAAAGGCAUUAGAACAGCCAUCACCACAAGAAUUAGUAGCAUUUGAGAAUAUGGUACAUUAAAGUUUAGUUGUUAGUGGCAAAUUUAAAGGGAUAUUGUACAGUAAUAAAACAUUUUUCUAUUAUUUAUGAUAUAAAGGCCACAUUCAAUAUAUACAUAAUAUUUUUUUAUAAUAAACAUGCCCUGAGUGAUGCCAUGUUAAGUUGUAUUUUAAAUUUUACCUUAUACAGACAGAAUAAUGAUUUAUAUCCAAUAUUUAUUAUUUAAUAAGGGCAUUUGUGUUUACCAAAUUGUAACUUUUCUAUAUUUCAAUAUUUUUUAUUAUCACAUGAAACUGCUUUUAUCUGUAAAAGUGUUUUCAAUCUAUUUUAACCUAAGUUAUGUUUCAUUUCCAUGAAAAUCUUUCUUUACUAUUUAUAUAAACUGUUGUUUUUCAUUUUAAAGUGCAUUGUAAUAAACCAAAUUGCUUUUUCA